AUGGACGUGAUGAAAGAAGAGUACAACACUCCAAAUUCAAUGCCAAUGUGUAAGAAGGAAAAAAACAAACAAAUUAAAACUAAACAUUUUUUUAGUGGAUUUGAUGACUUUAAAAUUAAUUAUACAUUUAGCACAAAAAAUAAAGAUACUUUAUAUAAUGACACAAACAACAGUACAACUGAUGAUUGUGAUAUGAUAAAAUUGAUUAAAAUAAUAAACACUAAUUAUAUUGAUAAAAAUUUUUAUUUUAAAAAACUAAGUAGAAAUGAUUUAUACAAAAUAUUUGUCUAUUCGAAUUUAUUAACAAGAUCAUUAAUUUUAUAUCCAUCUUUAAUUCAUCAUUUUGAAAAAAUUAUAGAAAAUUUUAAAAAAAUUAAAAAUGAACAAAAUAUACAACAAAUAGAUGAACAUAUUAUGAUUUCUUAUACCAGCAUAACAGGAAAUGAAUAUAAUCAUCUUACCAAAUAUUCUAAUAAUCAAAAUAUUAAUAUUCUUAAUUUAAUUAAAAAUGAAAAUACUCAAAAAGAUAUAAAUAAUCUUUCACACAUUUCAGAUUUUCAAAAAAUACCCUCAUCAUAUAUUCAUGAAAAAACUACCAAUCACAUUCCAAAAGAAAAAAUAAAACAAGACCAAAUUAACAAUCCUCUCCAUAACAAUUAUGAACAUAUCAUAAACCCAAUGUCAAUGAAUCAAUUCAGUAAUUCUAAUAAUUACUAUCCUAAUUGUAUGGGCAACAAUAUCACUGUAAUGGAUGAGGGGAAAGAAGGUAGUCCUUUGAAAUCGGGGCAGUUUUGUAACCAUGAAUAUCCAAAUAGUGCACUUAAACAUAAUAAUAGUACAAAUGAAAACGGUGAUAAUAAACAGCCACUCCAAGCAUUGAACAUGAAUAUAAAUCAGCAAUACCCAACCAAUAAUAUAUGCACAAAAGGUAUAAAUAAUGAAUAUAAAUGUAAUAACAUCAAUUUAUUAAAUACCAAUAUACCUAAUCCCAUAAAUUUCUCAUUAAACAAAAAUGUCCGGGUUUAUAAAAAUAUAAAUGAAUAUGAUAUUAUCGAACUAAAAAUAAGUACCUCAUUUAAUAAUAAGAACAUAUGCAGAUAUAUAGGUAUCCAUAGCGGGAUGACCCUAUACAAUAUUCAUCGGUGUAUAUGCAUAUGUCUAGGGAUAAAAAAAGAAGACACAGAUAAUUAUCUACACGUUUUUGUAUUAAACAAUGGAAAUAUUUAUGGUAGCGGGAAAAAAUGUAGUGUAAGCAUUAUCAGAAAAAUCCAAAUAAACACCGAUAGACAUAUAACUUUUAAACAUAUAGUAAAAACACCAUUAUAUCUUUACAAAUCAAAAGAUGAAAACCCAUCUCAUCAAAAUUAUGAAUACACACCAAACAAUAUAAAUUUAUUUGACGAUAAUGUUUUUCCAAAUAAUGAAUAUAAUUAUAAUAAUAUAAACAAUUUUAACGAUAUUAAUAGAACACCUAGAAAUAAUAUAAAUAUGGCUAGCCACAUUCUAAAUAACUUAAAUUAUCCCGAUAUCAAAAAAAAUCAUAUAGAUGAUGAAAUGUUUAAAAAUACACGCUUUAAUAAUAUUAAUUUUUCCAAUGAUUCAAAUCUAAAUCAUUUUGAAUAUUUUAAACACAAAAAUGAUUUUCAAUCCUUUAAAGAAGAUAAUAUAAAAAGUGAAAUUCGAAUUCCUACUAACAAAAACAAUAGCCAAGAUAUUAGAAAUAUGACCGAUAUAAAUAAUACAGAUGAUAAUAAUUUUAAUCCAAAUAUGGCCCCAAAUUUAAGUCAUAACCCUAUCGAAAAUAUUAAGCCAAUGCACAAUGUUCAAAACAAAUACCCAGCAAAUUGUCCAGAUACAAUGACUAAUAUAAAAUUUAAUGAGAACAAUAUUAUUAACAAUACAAAUUUCUUUAACCAAAUAAAUAUUAAUGAUUUAUAUUCAGAUCAAACCUAUAAAAAUAAAAAUAAUAACAUUAACGGAGAUAUUAAUGACGAUAAUUUUACUCCAUGUAAUACUAAUUACAAUAAGUACUACAAUUUAAGAAGCAAUCAUGCUCAUAAUAAUUCACAAAAUAAUGAUAAAACCCUUCAAACAUUUAAUCAAUAUGAAUCAGAUUUAAAAUCAACACAACGAAAUAAAAACAAAACAUACAGAGACAACUGUGAAAAUGAAAAUAACAAUUUCUCACAUUUAGAAACUAAAAAAAUAGAAAAUACUAAUACACUAAAUACAUUUCAUAAUAAUACACCCAGAAAAAAUAUUGAUAAUAAUGAGGAAGAUAAAACAGAAAAUAAUCGCAUUAAUAGUGAAGAAAAUCCAGAAAAUAUUUCCAUGACAUUCAAUGAAAGUCUUACAAAUAGUAACAACAAUAGUAUUUAUGAACGAACACUUUCUAAUACACCAGAAACAUCUGAAUAUUUCUCUAGUAAUAAUAAAAAUGGUAUACCCCAUAAAAAAAAUGACCCACUAAACAAUUGUGAACAUGGUAGUAAUACUGGGACAAUCCAAAAUGAUUCCUACAACAUUUCAAACCCUAUAAAUAACUACAAAAGUACAUAUCCCUAUACAUGCUCUAUAAAAAAUAGCAACAUCCAUCACACCGAAUCCAAUGGCGUAAAUAAUUACAUACUCGAUAAUAUAGAUGAAAAUCAUUUGAAAAAAGAUAGUAAUCAAAAAAAUUUAAAUGAUAUAAAAAUAAACAAUAAAAAUAAUUUCAUAAAUCGUAACAUAAAUUCUGAUCAUAUUUAUUCAGUAAAUACAUCAAAUAAUUUUCCUAACAAUAUGAAUUACAACAUAUAUAGUAUAGACAAGAAAAUAGAAAAUUUUAACUCCGAUCAAAUACAUAAGCAUUGUACAAAUAGAAAUAGCAAUCCUGAUAUAUAUAAUAAUUGUAUGAACAAAAAAAAUUCUAAUAAUUUUGUUAAUAAAAAUGGGACUAUAUCAAAUUAUGCACAUAAUAUUGAAUUAGACAUAAAUAUGAAUAAUUUCCCUCCUUAUAAAAAAGACAAUCAAAUUAUCCAAUUAAAUAAUUAUUCAAAAUUUGAAUAUAAUAAUUAUAUAAAUAAUAUUAAAAAUAAUAAUAUACCAUAUGAAAGUACAAUAAAUAACAACUUUAAUGACCCUCCAAUUGAUAUUAUUAAUAAUAAUCAUAUGUAUAAUAUUUCUAUUGCUACUAAUCAAAAUAUAAAUAAUUCAAUUCUCACAGAUCGCCAUAUCAAUAAUUAUCUAAUAAAUGAUCCCAUUAUAAAUCAAAAUAAUAAAUGUAUUCAACAAAUUUCUAACAACCCUACUAUUAUCAAUAUUCAUUCCUAUGAUACUCAACAUAUUAAUCACUAUCCACAUUUACAAUAUCGGAAUUAUAAUACUAACAAUAAUUUUAUUCCUGAAAAAAAUCUAUCAAAUAUACCAGAAAAUAAAAAUGAUCAAUAUUAUGAUGGUUCUACAACCCGAUACAAUAAACACGACACCGAUCCAUCUUCUUGUUUAUCUCAAUAUUAUCAAAACGGUAGUGGCCCUUCCAAUUCCACUUUUUCACAAACCACAAACAACUUUUAUGAUGUAACACAAAAUACAAUAGAAACUGUUGAAACUGUUGAAGCGGAUGAAGCUGAUGAAAACUCUGAAAAAGAAAAUAAAAAUUUUAAUGACGAUAAAAAUGAUAAUAAAAAUCAGACUAUUGAAGUUGACACGCAAAUACAUACUGACCCACAAAAUAAAGACAAACUAAUAAUCAAUGUAGACCAAAUAAAUGAUACUACAAAAAAUUAUUUUAGUGAAAUAGAAAAUAUUACUAACAAUCAAAAAAUGAAACUAAUAAAUAAUGACGACAUUUCCAAAGAUCCUGAACUAAUUCAAACAAACAAUUCAAAAUUAAAUAUAACAUUUAUCGAACCUACAAAUAUGAAGAAUAAAAAUGAGGACGAUCUUUCAAAUCCCAUUUCUGACCAUGAUCAGGAAAACGAAAACGCAAAUUUAAACAACCAACUUAAAAAUGACACAAACAAUGAUAAUGCAGCAAAUGGAAAAACAGAUGAACAGAAUUAUCAAGAUGAUGAGGAGCAGUCACAAAAAAAUGACUCAACUAUAACACAAUCAAAUGAAACAAAAAAAAUAAACAAUAAUAAUUAUAACUUCCAUGUAGAUCCCAAAGUAAAUGAAAUCAAUAGUACCAUAGAACCUAAUAAACAUAAAAUAAAUAACAUUGAUGAUUUUUCUCAAACUCACCAAAUUCCAGAUCAUGUAAAUCUAAAUUUAAAUAAAGAACAAAUAAAAGUUGAUAGAAAUAAAACAGAAGAAAUUAAUGAAGUAAAUGGAAAUAUAAUUUAUAACUUUAAUCAAAUUGAAAAAACCCCAAUUUGUGAUACUACUACUCAAAACUUAAAAGAGAAAAAACAAAUAACUAACUUAAACCUUGUGCAUGGAAAAACAAAUAAUCAGGAUUUGUGUUCACCAGUUGAAGAUAUAAACCCUGAAAAAAAUGAAAAAAUAAACUUAGUAAACAAACAAAAUGCAGAGACAAACGAAUCGAAUGUUAUUUAUGAAGACAAUCAAUGCAAUGACAAAAUUAAAAAUAAAGAUAAUACAAAUAUAGGAAACAAACCUGAUGAAAAAUAUAUUCAAUAUGUUCUAAACAAUAAUCAAUCAAUAAACUCCACAAAUUCAUCAUAUCAUAAAUUUAACCUAUUACAAAAUCAAGACACAAAAGAACUCGAAUUUGAUAAUCAAAAUGAAUGUGAAAAAAAAGUUUAUCAAAACGAAGAUAAUAAUAAUCCAUGCAAUUUAAAAUUUUUAAAUUUCUACGACAAUUGUAAUAAUAAAAAUAAAUUGAUAGACCCAACCAACAUGAAUGGAACUAAUUAUUAUAUCCAUGAAAAUAAAAUAGAUAAAGAAAAUAACCAAAAUGAAUAUCCUCAAAUAUAUACAAAUGAAAAUUUUUAUUCAUAUAAUAAAGUAAAUAAUGUUGAUAAAAAAAUUAAUCAACCUUCCAUAAUACAAUUUGAUGAAAAAAUUAAUAACCAAAAUGUCUAUCAAAAUUAUUGUAAAUUUAAUCAACUUCCUGGUAUACUUCAAAAUGAUAAUAAUCAAGUUUCAUUUGAUUUAAAAUCAAGAUAUAAUUUAAACAAUAUAAUUAUAAAUCGUCCAAAUGAUUUUACAUCUACUAUAGAUAAUGCAAAUCUUUCUCAAACUGUUUCUCACCCUAACCAAAUUCAUAUGCAAUAUGAAAAAGAAACAAAUCCUAAUAAUUCACAUUCACAUAUUAAUACAUAUCGAAUAAAUUAUGAAAGUCCUUUAAAAUAUUUAAAUACAGGCACACAAAAUGAUCCCAAUAAUUUGUACACCACUUCUAAUCAUGUUAUGGCAAUGAAUGCAACAAUUGAUUCCUGUGAUUAUUCACUAAACAGAAUAUAUAACAAUAAUAUAGAUACACAAAAAAAAACAUAUUACUCUAAAAAUUUUAAUUACAUAGAACAUAAUAAAGAAAAUUACAACCUACGAUAUAAUAAUAACAAUCCGGAUCGACUCGAAAACCAUACCAAUACUACAGAACAUAAUAUUCAUGACAACGAAAAGAAUAAUGAUACAUUCUCUCCAUAUAAUAAUAAUAAUAAUAAUCAAACAGAUCAAGUAAAUCCAGAUAUUGUUAGUUCAGAAAAUCAAAUAUCUACAUCUAACAAUCCAAGUAUUAAUAAUACAUAUUACAAUGAUCCUACAUCUCCCAUCCCAUUUAAUGAAAAAGAAUUGUCUAAUACACCUACACAAGAUCAUAUAAAUCAAAGAAAUUGCCAAUAUAACCAGUUUAAUGAUAUUUAUAAUAUUGGACAUAAAGAAAUGUAUUUAUCAACUAUAAAGCCAGAUACACAUAUAAAUAAUUACCCUAGAGACAAUACAUACAUAUACAAUAAUUCUUUAUACCCAAUUAAUAAUAAUGAUAAAUAUUAUUUACCAAAUUGUAAUGACAAAAAUAACAAAACAAAUGAUAGCCUAUCUGAUAACUAUUUUUAUAAUUCAAAUAUGGGAAUGUAUCUAAAUACAAAUAAUAAAGAUAUUACAAAAUCAGAAACUAUAGGAAAAAAUAAUUUCAUAAAAAUUAACCCUGAAAAAUAUGAUGGAUAUGAAGAAAAUUAUGUUAAAAAUUUUACAAAAGAAUCAAAAGUAGAUGAAUUAGAUAUUAAUGAUGAUGAUAAUAUUACAAUCAGUGAAUGUAUUAAUUCAGAAAACGACGAUAAUUCAAAUAUAAAUCAAUUUGAAGAAAAUAAAUCGAGUUUUUCUAUGCUUUAUCUAUUUGGAAAAGUCAAAUUUUAUAUUAGCAUAAUUGAUAUUAUUCAUAAUAAAACAAAUUCUCAUGAUCUUCUUUGGGUUCCUAGAUGUUGUAACGGAAGUUAUGGAUCAUUCUUAAAAAAUAAUUAUCUAAAUACUAAUGAAAUUAAUAAAUAUGUUCCUGAAGAUACUAUUGAUAUUGAUUGUAUAAAUUUAAAAUUAAUGGAAACACGAUUUAGUAAAAAUGUAGCUAGCUCUCGAACAACAAAAAGAAAAAGAAUGAUAGAUAUCGAUAAAACUGUUUUACAUUUUUAUAAAGAACAUAUUAGUGAAUUUUUUAAUAAUAAAAGCAAAAUUAUUAAACUAACUAAAAAAUUAUGUAAAUAUAAAAAAAAAAGAAAAUAUAAUACACGAGAAAAUAAUGAACAUACAGAAUAUCAACCUACUCAUUAUUCAAAAAAAAAAAAUACAAAUGUACAACCUGAAAAAACAACUUAUAAAAGAAAAAAAGUUACACCACAACAAAGAGACAAAAAAAAAAAUGACAAAAUUGGAGAAGAACAUACCGACAAUUCAACUGAAAUACCACAAGACACUAUCAAUAGUAUUGACCAUAAUCCUUCUAAUGAAUUUGAUAACCUUAAUGUAGGCAUAGAACAAAAUAAUAAUAAUUAUUAUACAAAUUAUUAUUGCAAUUAUUACAAUAAUGAACGAAUUAAUAAUAAUUUAAUAGAAAGCAUAUCAAAACAUCAACAAGGAAAUGAUAUUUUAAACAUCAAUUUAGCUAACUACACCGAUAUUACAAAUAAAAAUAUCACAUCAAAAAGACCAAAUGCUAAUAUAAUAAAUAAAGACAUACCUCAAGGAAAUUUGUUUGAAUCUCAACAUAUCAAAAAUGGUAUAUAUAUCGAUCAUUCAAAUAAAAAUGAUAUUUUAGAUAAUUUUUGCUCUGAUCAAAUUAAUAAAAAUUACAAAGAUUCUGAUUGUGCCCAAUUUAUUAUGAAUUCAAAAAUGAAUGCUUCAGAUAAAUUAUCAACCAAUUAUUUAACCCCAACAGAGAUUCAUGAAAAUUACUAUAAUUCUCCUACCGAUCUAAAUAACCACUCUAAUUAUAGUAACAAUAAUAACUCACCAAAUUUUAAAAAUAAAAAAAAAAAAAAAAAAAAUGAUGUAAAAUCUCAAAUCAAUUAUUUUAAUGAAAAUAAUACAAAUCCUUCCCUAAAUAUAUCCAAACUAUUAGAAGCUAACAAUAAUUUUAUAAACAUAUCAAACAUUUUAUAA